ACAACCCAGCGGGCUCCACUGACUCGGUGGAGGCAGCCGCGGCGGCCGCAGCCUUACCAACAGCAAAGAAGCCUGCUGGGGGGCCAAGGGCAGGUGUCUGCGGCCCCUGAGGAGUCCCUGGCGGGCCCCAUCCCCUGGUGGCGCUGCAGGGGAGGCCUCUGGCCACUGCGGACCACACCAUGAGGGCCCUGGGGUGCCGCCGGUUCUGGUCCCGCUGGGGACGAGUGGCAGCCCUGCUGCUGCUGCUCCUGCUUGGGGUACCCCUGAGAGGGCUGGCACUGCCCCCCAUCCGCUAUUCCCACGCUGGCAUCUGCCCCAACGACAUGAACCCCAACCUCUGGGUGGAUGCCCAGAGCACCUGCAAGCGGGAGUGUGAGACGGACCAGGAAUGCGAGACCUAUGAGAAGUGCUGCCCCAACGUGUGUGGGACCAAGAGCUGUGUGGCAGCCCGAUACAUGGACGUGAAAGGGAAGAAGGGCCCGGUGGGCAUGCCUAAGGAGGCCACGUGCGACCACUUCAUGUGUCUGCAGCAGGGCUCUGAGUGUGACAUCUGGGACGGCCAGCCCGUGUGUAAGUGCAAAGAUCGCUGUGAGAAGGAGCCCAGUUUUACCUGCGCCUCGGACGGCCUCACCUACUAUAACCGCUGCUACAUGGACGCUGAGGCUUGCUCCAAGGGCAUCACGCUGGCCGUUGUCACCUGCCGCUAUCACUUCACCUGGCCCAACACCAGCCCCCCGCCACCUGAGACCACCGUGCACCCCACCACAGCUUCCCCGGAGACCCCAGGCUUGGACAUGGCGGCCCCAGCUCUGCUCAACCACCCCGUGCACCAGUCUGUCACUGUAGGCGAGACAGUGAGUUUCCUCUGUGAUGUGGUGGGCCGGCCCCGGCCCGAGAUCACCUGGGAGAAGCAGCUGGAGGAUCGGGAGAACGUGGUCAUGAGGCCCAACCACGUCCGCGGCAACGUCGUGGUCACCAACAUCGCCCAACUGGUCAUCUAUAACGCCCAGCUCCAGGACGCCGGCAUCUACACCUGCACGGCCCGGAAUGCCGCAGGAGUCCUGCGCGCCGACUUCCCGCUGUCGGUGGUCAGGGGCGGUCAGGCGGCGGCCACCUCGCAGAGCAGUCCCAAUGGCACGGCCUUUCCUGCGUCCGAGUGCCUGAAGCCCCCGGACAGCGAGGACUGUGGCGAGGAGCAGACCCGCUGGCACUUCGAUACCCAGGCCAACAACUGCCUCACCUUCACCUUCGGCCACUGUCAUCGCAACCGCAACCACUUUGAGACCUACGAGGCCUGCAUGGUGGCCUGCAUGAGCGGGCCGCUGGCCGUGUGCAGCCUGCCCGCCCUGCAGGGGCCCUGCAAGGCCUACGCACCCCGCUGGGCCUACAACAGCCAGACGGGCCAGUGCCAGUCCUUUGUCUACGGGGGCUGUGAGGGCAACGGCAACAACUUCGGAAGCCGGGAGGCCUGUGAGGAGGCCUGUCCCUUUCCUCGGGGGGACCAGCGCUGCCGGGCCUGCAAGCCGAGGCAGAAGCUUGUGACCAGCUUCUGUCGCAGUGACUUUGUCAUCUUGGGCCGCGUCUCUGAGCUGACUGAGGAGCCCGACUCAGGUCGUGCCCUGGUGACCGUGGACGAGGUCCUGAAGGAUGAGAAGAUGGGCCUCAAGUUCCUAGGCCGGGAGCCGCUAGAGGUCACUCUGCUCCACGUGGACUGGACCUGCCCCUGCCCCAAUGUGACGGUGGGCGAGACGCCACUCAUCAUCAUGGGGGAGGUGGACGGCGGCAUGGCCAUGCUGCGGCCCGAGAGCUUUGUGGGAGCAUCCAGCCCCCGGCGGGUUAGGAAGCUGCGUGAGGUCAUGCACAAGAAGACCUGUGACGUCCUCAAGGAGUUCCUGGGCUCACACUGAAGACCCCCCUUCCCCCCUUCCCAGCCCUCUCCCCCCUACCUACCCUGACUCCUCUCAGUUGGCAAACUGGGCAAGGUCAGAUUUGACAGUCUUAGGCCAACAGAGAAAUAUCAAUCAACACAUAAGAAAAAAGCCAGCAGAGGGUUUUAGAUCAACUUCUAUUCUUUGGGUUCAAUAAGGGGUCCGUAUCUUUUUUAGCUGAGGGGGACGAAAGGAUAAGUCAAUAGACACCUGCGAGUUAUUCCUGAUGACAAAUCUCUGUAGGUAUUAUCCUCUUCUCUCUGCCGGCCACCUCUCCCCCGGCUCUGCCAGCUGCCCUGCCCCCAGCCCGUCUUCCAGCCAGGGUUCUAGAGAUGGCAGCUGCGUGGUGGUCACAGGCAUCAUGGAAGAAAUUGGUUUGCAAAAGGAGUAGGUAGGAGAGACAAGGAGGGUCUACGGACUCAUUGGACAAAUUCCCCACAGCCCCCAGGCCGCUAUGAGCAGAGACC